AUGGAGUCCCGGAAAGGCUUGCCGCCCCAAGAAGUCCUGCAGCUCUUGUAUGGCAAUGGUGAUGUAUCCCAUCCCUCACUCAUUGACCUCCGCGACUGUAGCAAGUUCAUGGUGUCAAGGCUCCGCGGGAGCUACAGCGUUCCCCUGGAGUUCUUGGUGCCGAGGAUGUUCCUCCUGCCCGAUCGAGCCACACCACUCGCUCUGGUAGUUGAAGGCCCACCCGUCCAGCAAAUGGUUCGGGGUGCAGCCUCCGGCGGUGGAGCUAAGGAGGAUAUUCAACUUACGGCAUUCCUAGAGUCUCGCGGGUGGCGCGUGGCCUUCUGCAUUGAGGCUACGGAUGAUCUGUGGCGUAUGGCUGCAGAUAUAGGCGCGCUCGAGGAGGGAGGCUGCCCACUGGCCCUGAAGCGGCGGUGGCCUUUCCGGCCCAGCACACUCCUAAUGGAGCAGAUAGACCUCAUAGAGGAGUUGCUGGUGAAAGCCAGGCUACAGCAAGGCCAGGCAAUUGCCGGCGAAGCGGAUAGGGCAGGUGCCGUUGACGGUGGGCGGCAGGGAGCAAAUGGCCGCAACAAGCGGAACGUGAUGCUGCGGAUGUUGGACGUGGGAUGCGGCAGCGGUCGGGACCUGGCAUGGUUGGCGACGCGAAGCUCCGACGUCCCAUUUUUGGCUGAUGGUGAGGGGGAACACGACCACGGUGCCGACACUGGACGGGAGAAGAUUCUACAGGUGUCAUGGGAAUGCGUCGGUCUCGAUUCGUGGCAUGGCGCCCUGCAGCGGGCUGCUGAGAUACUGGCUUUGGGGGAGGUAUCGGCCGGGCCAGGUGGCGUACAACUGCAUUUGGCACAGAUUGGCCCCGGCACUGGCGAGCUGUGGAUGCUGCCAUUGCCGGCUGCGGAUGCGGGCCAGCUGCAGCUCCUGCGGCGCUACCUGGUCGGUAUGCAGCAGGAGCAGAUGGGGGAAGGGCCCCAGGCACAUGGCGAAUUCAAGUCCCCGUGCAAGGCAAGCAAGACGCCCAGAAACAUUGCCGCAAAGGCUGGUGGUAAUGGCGGUUCGAGGGAGGCAUUGGAGCUUUCGACACUAGGAUGCUUUGACUUGGUUGUGUGCUUCCGUUUCCUGGAGCGUUCGUUCCUACAAAAUAUGGCAGGUCUGCUAAAGCCGGGCGGCUUCAUCUUGUUUUCGACGUUUGUGGAUGGACCGGGAUUGCGCGCGUUUGGGCGGCCACAGGGCCGGGAACACGUGCUACAGGCUGACGAGCUGGCCACAAGCUUCUUUGGGCAUAAGCAAGGCUUCAAGGUUUUCCGUGACGAUGUCGCGCCGAUUUCCGAUGGACGUGAGCGCACGGUGCUCCGCCUGGUGCUGGCGGUAUGUUGCUCAAGCGGCGCUUUGUCGGUACGCCGGGCGGAGUUCGCUCCCCUUCAGUUGGGACCGACGCCGGAGGAACGGCUUCGGCUGUACCUGGAAUCCGACUCCGUCGACAUCGCCCGUCUCGACGUCAUCCACUUCUGGCACGCCUGCCUUAGACACGUGCUGCCUGGCGUCUCCCUGCUCAGGUACGUACAGCGCACGCGAGGCGGAGGCCUGGCGCGGAGGCUGCCGCUGCUGCCGCUGCAUACUAGCACUAUUCGACCGUCCUCGGGAGGCCUGCUGGAUGAGAGGUGGACCCUGCUGUUCCUGCUCAUCUACCACUUUAGGCUGUCCGGUCAACCUGUACGAGGUCCCGGGCGGGAACAGGGUCACAACCUUCCUAAUGCGUAUUGA